GGCCGUGCUUGUUUAGUUUCGAGUUACUAAAAAUUCUAAAUUCGAACCGUUUUCGGUGGCUUGCUGAUCUGUGCUCUCGUCUGUGACUCUUGACCCCGCGAAGAUGCUGCUAGGUGGCUUGCAGCCCAGUUAUGGAAUUGAGGAAGUACCGCCAUCAAUGGACUGGACCACCCCACCAAAUCGAAGGCACUGCGAUGAGGAGUAUUUGCUUCUUGUCCUCGCUUUGUCCAUUUUCACCCAGUUGCUCUUGGUGCUCUACGUGGGAAUCGGCGUCUUUCAGCCGUGUUCCUUGACAGGAACGCAGUCGAACGAAUGCCAGAAAAGAAUCUUCGCCAGCUUUAUCUUUCGUAGACUUCUCCUCCAGCUGGAUGAGGCCUUCUGUCCGCAGGUGGGAAUUACUAAAAAAGAACGGUUGGACUCAUGCCUGAGGUCUAGCGAAAAGGUAAUCUCGGCCAUCCAACUGUUCCGGCGGGAUGCUCUAAAGGUGCUCCAACCAGAAAAGGAUCUUUCAUCGGCGCUGGCCAGCGAAAUAUACUGCGUGCUGGACGAGGAAGAGCAUGAACUAGCUUUUAAUGGCUAUGGAUGUACCUAUACUAAAGCCGAAGUCACCGAUAAGUUUUUGAUGUACAUGCUAUAUCCGGAACGAAUUGUACCAGAGGCCAAGUAAAGUCAUUCUUUGGCGUUCCUUCGAAACCUUGUGGGUUCGAGGUUGGAUUUUUCAGUAGUAUCUUUUUGCAAAUCUGAUAUAAAAGCCCAUAACUUUUUUACAGA